GGCCUCCCGAGCCCUUUUAGUCGCACGCCCCUUCCUCUCCAGUCCACACCCUCUCUCACCUCUUCACUGCAACCGUCCGAGGAGCAGAAUACCGCGCCCAGCCGUCUCUUCCUCACCGGAGAAGAAAACGAGCCGAACCGGCCGCCGUGUGCAUGUCGCCGAGGAAACGCUGGGAGGCCCCGCGUGACGAGCUCCGCGGCUGGCCGUUCUCGACUUCGUCCGCACCUACGCCGCGCACGCCACGGACCAUGUCGACGCCUGGAGAACGUCCCUGCAUGCACGCGUCGCCUUCCAUGACGCCUGAGGCUCCGCCGCUCCGUGCCGUCCCUCUGGAGUCGCCCAAGCCCGACCGAAGCGCCCAGGCAGGCCUCCGCUCGACCACGCCGUUGCCGCCACGUCUCCGCCCUCCCCCUUGCACUCCCUCUCAGUCCUCUCCGUCUCGGCACCUUCUCAGUACCCUAACACGGCCCUUACCUUCUCUUCCAGGAACCCACGGGAAGUCCGCCGCCAUCACGGUUCCGUCGGUCCCGACGACAUGGUGCUCGCCAUGGCCCCCGUGGACUUCCGCGAGCUCGCAUGCAGACCACGCCGUCGGAGGAGACCGCGGCGAAGCUCCUCUGCUCCUUUGCGCCGUCGCCCUAGCCUCCCUGCCUGACCCUCGAAUGCGAGUACUAUCGGAAAGGAAGGAGAGGAUCAUGGUGAGGACUUCGAAGAGGAAGGAAGAGCAGAUGGUUCGUGAAGAUGAAGUCCAGGGACAAAUAGCCAACCAAGACUUGGUGGAAUUCGACAGAUGAAGAAGGAGUUGACGACGUCUAUGCGAGCUAGGAACGUCUUCCCAGUCAGUUGCCUGUAGGGUUAUGGCAUGACUUGGCCCAUGCGAAGACUUUCGUCUGAAGUAUUUCCGCUGUGUGAUUGUUGAUCUCCUGCCAUUGCGGCUCUUAUGUAAGUAUUGGUCAUGUGACCUGUUGUAAUCUUUUUAUUCGG